AUGGCUGCCCUUCAUGGCUUGGGAUCUGUCAUCUAUGGCAAAGUCUGCGUGACCGUUCCUAUACCCACCACCUCGGUCGAUCUAUCAAAUCACAUCAUCAUCGUCACCGGCUCAAAUAGUGGCCUCGGCUUCGAAGCCACCCGCCAUCUCUCCCGUCUUGGCGUGGGAAAAAUCAUCAUGGCAGUGAGAACUCCCUCCAAAGGGGAAGCGGCCAAGAAGCAGAUUCUCCAAUCUACCGGCAAGCAGGAAUCCUCCAUAGAAGUGUGGCCCAUCGAUAUGGACAACCAGGAUUCUGUCAAGGCCUUUGCUGAGCGAGCAUCUCUGCUGCCUCGGAUAGAUGGCGUUCUAGCAAACGCAGGCAUAAUGACAGGCCAGUUCACCCUCAGUGAGGGAAACGAAAAGACGCUCAACGUCAAUGUCGUCAACACAUUUCUCCUCUUCUUUCUCUUACUGCCGCUGAUGCGCAGGUCAGAGCAGCAGACUGGCAAUCCGUGCCGCUUCUCAAUUCCCAACAGCGCUCUGCAUUACAUGGCACCCCUUGCCGAACUUAACGAGAAGGAGACGUUGAUUUUGGAUCGACUCAACAACCCGAAACGAGCGGACAUGGCUGGGAGGUACCCCCUAUCCAAGCUUCUUGUUCUCUACGUCGUACGAGAAAUAGCCGAGAGAACCAAGUCGAGCAACAAAGGCAGAUUUAUCAUCAACACCCCGAACCCGAGCUGGUGCAAGUCAGAUCUAGGCAAGGAGAUGGAGACGGCCGCAUACAAGGUGGCCGAGAAACUCUUGGCUCGCACUGCGGAGGAGGGCAGCCGGACGCUGGUCCACGGCGUGCUGGCAGACGAGACCAGCCACGGUCACUAUUUGAACAACUGCCACGUCCAAGCGCCAGCAAAGCACGUCACGAACCGAUGGGGCCAGGGAGUGCAAAAGAGGUUUUUUGACGAGCUUCUGGCCAAGAUUGAUUCCAUCGCACCAGGAAUUUCGUCAACCCUUUAG